UUUGUGUGAGCGCGCGUCUUUUUCGUCGCACGUUCGUCGCAAGUGAUUGAUUUCGAAUUUUAGGAGUUAAGUUAGGGUUUCUCUAACCUAUUUUCACGAAUAAAAAUUAGUCAUAGAUGGUUAUAAACAUAGGUUUACAUUGUGCGCAGUGCAGAAUAGCAUAGGUUGGUGACCUUGGAGCUAAAUUUAUAUUGAUAAAUAGUGGAUCAGAAUGCGGGAUGAGGAAUUUGCCUUUAACCCGGUAAGAUUAAUCGAGGAGGUUAAAAAGCGGCCAGGCCUGUAUGACCAGGGUUUACAUCCUUUAGACAGGGAAGACAAGUUGACGCUGUGGAAGGAAGUUGGAGCUGCAUUGUGUUCCCAAUGGGACACGUACGACCGUGCCGCGGCCUAUGAUCGAGUAUUACAGCUACAAAGGAAAUGGCGUUCCCUUCGUGACGCAUACAAUAGGGAAUUACGUUCGCGGAAAACGGGUGUCCGAGUACAUCGAAGAGUUUACGUUUACUUUAAGAAGUUAAAAUUUCUUGGCGGUUACGAAGGUGAAAUAAGCAGUGAUUCGGAACAUUCUAAUUGUGCCACGAAUGAAGAUCUACCGGAAGAGGAUAGCACUAAAACAGAGCCUGUUGAGCCUACAAGAAAAAAACGUAAAAAGCGACGCGUCAAAAAACCGAGUUCAGAAUUCGCACCGGAGGAGGUGGAAAUGCCGAUAUUUCCAGUGGAUGUGCCUGACGAAACCGACAGUGAUAAACUCUUCCUUCUGUCGUUUCUACCUGAGAUGAAACAGUUCCCUCUUGACAUUAAAAUGUGGGCGCGAGCUCAGAUAGCGAACGUGAUGCAGGAGGCAGUCACUGCGCAUAUGUCAAAAGUAUUGCCCAGUUCUUCUAACGAACGAAGGUUUCAGAUCAAGCAACCUAGAGAUAGCUUUGAUUAACUUAUAUUUAGGUACAAUUAUUAUGUUAA